CCAAAUUCGCGAAUCGCUCGUCAAUUGUCAGUGGAAUCUGUGUCGAGUGUGUCGAGCGGUGCGGACGGCCCUACAUCUCAAUCAAAGCUAAAGAAGAAACCAAAAACAGCCAAAAUAUUGAAUAAUACGGGUUCGGGUUCGUGGCUCAGGAGCUCUUUCUCCAAAGCGUUUAAAAAGAAUAAGUCAUUUGUGAAACGAGACGCUCUCUCAGACGUCGAGGGAAUGGGCAACGGAUCUGAAGGCGAAUCCAAUUCUGUUCCUUCCUCUCCACUCAUGUCUUUACGUCCCUUCCAUUCAGAACUUAACUCUGAUAACAAUGAUCUCAACGAUUCAGACGACGUUCAGGUCCUGAAGAGACAACUCAGAGAGAAAGAGAUGGUUAUUACAGAUCUGAGACUCGAAGGGUUGACUUCUGCUCAUCAAUUGGAGAAUCUGAAGGAAAAAGUGAAUCAUUUGAGGGCAGAAAUGUUGAAUCUUAAACAAGACAACGAACGGCUCAAUCGCUUAAUCACCUCUAAAUCAUUAGCUUCUUCUCAAAGUUCAAUGGCUUCUUGUUGUGUCCAAAAUUCUCACUCAACCAACGGAUCCACAAAAUGCCGACAAAAGGGAAGUAUAGGUGAAAACAAUGGAAAUAGUUUAGAGAGUCUUGAGAUGGAAGGGAACUCUAAUUCCCUUCUCUCUGAGGGAGGAAAACUAGUAUCAAUCGGUUCCGGCACUCAUGUCAUUGCAUCACUUGUUGUGACGCCCAAAACAAAUUGGGAUCAAUUGGAUCUAAUGAUCAAAAAGUUAUUUAAAGAGCAUAUCAGUCGAAUUGAUUCCGAAUGUGGAUUAGGUUUAACAUUGGAUGCAUUGGCCUGUUAUCAGGUCGGGGCUGAGAAAAUACAGCGAAUUAUUGUGGUUAACAAACCCUCACCAACACUGCCAUCGCUGACAUCAAACCCAGAACUUCUUCCGUUUGGAUAUCUGGUGAAUGAAAGUCAUAUUUGUCUUCAGUUUAAGACUGCAUCCGAUUCUUUAGUGUUUGACACUUUGACACCGAAACCAAUUAUUCAGAGAUUUGUAGGCCUUUUGAACGAAGACAGGCGUAUCAUUCUUUGCGGUCCCAGCGGUACAGGAAAGACAUAUUUAGCCCACAAAUUGGCUGAAUAUCUGGCGGUUCGACGAGCGGCCGAGAAUAGGAGUGCCGACACGUCUACUGAAGGCACUCCCGUCGGAUCGAUCGCCACAUUCAGUGUCGAUCACAAAUCGGCCAAAGAGUUGAGAGCUUAUCUGUCAAACGUUGCCGAACAGUGCGAAUCCGAAGCCUUAUCAUUGCAUUUGCCAACAGUUAUCAUAUUAGAUAACUUGCAUCACGUCUCAGAUAUAUCUGAAUCCAUUCAUUAUUGGGACUAUGAAUCAGACGACUUGUUCGACAACUAG